AUGGGGAGCCCCCGGGCCGCGCCGCUCCUGCUGCUCUUGCGCCCGGCCAGGCUGCUGCGGAGGCGCUUCCGGCUGCUGCUGCUGCUCGCCGUGGUGUCUGUGGGGCUCUGGACGCUCUAUCUGGAACUGGUGGCGUCGGCGCAGGUCGGCGGCAACCCCCUGAAUCGGAGGUAUGCCAGCUGGAGAGAACUAGCCAAGGCUCUGGCCAGCAGGAACAUCCCAGCUGUGGACCCAAAUCUCCAGUUCUACCGUCCCCAGAGGGUGAACCUCAAGGACCAAGAAAUUGACCGAAGUGGGAGCAGGAAUAGCAGCUACUUGAAGUGGAACAAGCCUGUCCCUUGGCUCUCAGAGUUCCGGGGCCACACCAACCUGCACGUGUUUGAAGACUGGUGUGGCAGCUCCAUCCAGCAGCUGAGGAGGAACCUGCACUUUCCCCUGUACCCUCACAUUCGCACAACCCUGAGGAAGCUGGCCGUGUCCCCCAAAUGGACCAAUUAUGGCCUCCGAAUCUUUGGCUACCUGCACCCCUUCACCGAUGGGAAAAUCCAGUUUGCCAUUGCUGCAGAUGACAAUGCAGAAUUCUGGCUGAGCCGUGAUGACCAGGUCUCAGGCCUUCAGCUGCUGGCCAGUGUGGGCCAGACUGGGAAGGAGUGGACUGCCCCUGGAGAGUUUGGAAAGUUCCGGAGUCAAAUUUCCAAGCCAGUAAGCCUGUCAGCCUCCCGCAGGUACUACUUCGAGGUGCUGCACAAGCAGAACGACCAGGGCACCGACCACGUGGAGGUGGCGUGGCGGCGGAAUGAGCCUGGAUCCGAGUUCACCAUCAUUGACUCCUCUUCCUUGUCCCUCUUCACGAAUGAGACUGUCUUAAGGAUGGAUGAAGUGGGCCACAUCCCACAGACAGCAGCCAGCCACACAGGCUCCUCCAGCUCUCUCCCUGUGGAUGAGCAGCCUCCGGCCGACAUGCUUCGGCCUGAUCCUCGGGACACCCUCCAUCGAGUGCCUCUGAUCCCCAAGUCCCAUCUCCGCCAUGUCCUGCCUGAUUGUCCCUACAAACCCAGCUACCUGGUGGACGGGCUCCCUCUGCAGCGCUACCAGGGCCUCCGCUUUAUUCAUCUGUCCUUUGUUUAUCCCAAUGACUACACCCGCCUGAGCCACAUGGAGACCCAUAACAAAUGCUUCUACCAGGAAAAUGCCUACUACCAGGACAGGUUCAGCUUCCAGGAGUACAUCAAGAUUGACCAGCCGGAGAAGCAGGGGCCAGAGCAACCAGGUUUUGAGGACAACCUUCUAGAAGAAUCUCAGUAUGAAGAAGUAGCAGAGGAGACGCCUGCCUCCCAUGACCAGGACACCAAAACACGAGAGAGAAAACAAAUGCCUACCUCCACCCCCAGGCAGGAUGUCACUGACUACCGCCUUCGAAGCCUGCCGAAGCUCCUGGCCCGGCCUCCAGGGGACCUGCAGGUGCCCUUUCCCAAGCAGAAUUCCACUGCUCCCUUCCCAGUGAGGAGCAGCGACACCCUAGUCCAGCAACCAGAAAAGAGGAAGCAAAAGCUCAGCCCUGUGCCCAGCCAAGACUCACCUCAUUCUGACAAGUGGGCCCCUGGGCACCUGGCACAGAACCUACCUCUAAUUAAGAGGCCUGAGCCCACAAGAAACAGCCCCGGGAAGACUCCGGAGCAGUCCCAGUGGCUGAAACAAGUGGACUCCUACAUCGAACAGCAGAGAAGGGGUGAUGAGUUGGAGCCUCUGGCCCCCAAAGAGGGGUGGCCGGAGGAGGAGGAGGUGGCAGCUGCAGAUCAGGAGGGACCAGUGGAAGGAGAGGAAGAGGGGGAAGAAGAAGAGGAGGAAGAAGACAUGAGUGAGGUGUUUGAGUAUGUACCUGUAUUUGACCCAGUAGUCAACUGGGACCAGACUUUCAGUGCGCAGAAUCUGGACUUCCAAGCCCUGAGGACCGACUGGAUUGACCUGAACUGUAACACUUCUGGCAAUCUGCUGCUGCCUGAGCAGGAGGCCCUCGAGGUCACGCGGGUCUUCUUGAAGAAGCUCAGCCAGAGGAGCCGGGGGAGGUACCAGCUGCAGCGCAUUGUGAACGUGGAGAAGCGGCAGGACCAGCUUCGCGGGGGUCGCUACCUCCUGGAGCUCGAGCUGCUGGAACAAGGACAGCGCUCGGUGCGGCUGUCUGAGUACGUGUCCACGCGAGGCUGGCAAGGCGUCGAUGCGGCUGGUGCGGAAGAGGCGGAGCCCCGGAACCUGCAGGGCCUGUUCUGGAACCUACACCCCCGGCGGCGGAGGAGGCGUGUCCUGGACGUCCAGGAUCCCGAGCCCAAGCUGUGCUGGCCCCAGGGCUUCUCCUGGAAUCACCGAGCUGUGGUCCACUUCAUCGUGCCCGUGAAGAACCAGGCGCGCUGGGUACAGCAAUUCAUCAGAGACAUGGAAAACCUGUUCCAAGUCACUGGUGACCCACACUUCAACAUCAUCAUCACUGACUAUAGCAGUGAGGACAUGGAUGUGGAGGUGGCCUUGAAGAGGUCCAGGCUACGGAGCUACCAGUACUUGAAGCUCAGUGGUAACUUUGAGCGCUCAGCUGGACUUCAGGCUGGCAUUGACCUGGUGAAGGACCCUCACAGCAUCAUCUUCCUCUGUGACCUCCACAUCUACUUCCCAGCUGGAGUCAUCGAUACCAUCCGGAAGCACUGUGUGGAGGGCAAGAUGGCCUUUGCCCCCAUGGUGAUGAGGCUCCACUGCGGGGCCACCCCCCAGAGGCCUGAGGGCUACUGGGAGGUGAAUGGGUUUGGACUACUCGGCAUCUACAAGUCAGACCUGGACAAGAUCGGGGGCAUGAACACCAAGGAGUUCCGGGACCGCUGGGGUGGGGAAGACUGGGAGCUGCUCGACAGAAUUCUCCAAGCAGGCCUGGAAGUGGAGCGUCUCUCCCUCAGGAAUUUCUUCCAUCACUUCCAUUCCAAGCGAGGCAUGUGGAACCGCCGCCAAAUGAAGAUGCCAUGAGGCCCAUGGUGGGCCUGGCUGGACCCACUGCAGUGGCUCUUUGACUUGGGGUUGCUUUCCGGUCCCCUGCUCACUGCAGAGGAGGGGGAAGGCAGGGGAGCAGAAGGAUGGCUGGGUCCCAAGAGGCCUUGUGCUGAUCUCUCCAUCGGGAGCUGUCCCUUCAUGUGGAGACAGGUACCAGGGCUCCUCUGCCACUUGGUCAGCUGACAGAGAUGGGAUGGCUCCUAAGAAGAUGGAGCAGUGAGGUCAGGGGAGAAGAGAAUCCUCUCCUCGACCCUGGAGGUGCAUUCCAGUGUCCCUCAGUGCUCACUGUAAGGAGUGUUGACAUGAACUGCUGUGCAGACCUGGCAUUGACUGGGGGAGCGUGUGCUGAGGGGGGAUCCCCACUUGUAAACCUCAGGCCCAUUUAUGUGUUGCAGUGUGGCCCUUGGGCACUGUCCCUUCCAGCGGUGCUGGCCCCAUAUGGAGCAGUUCUGGCCCUAGCCCAGGCUCAUGCCUUCCAAACACACAUCUCUCCCGGUAGCUACCGAGCUGCUGGGCACCCUUAGGGCAUUAAUCUAACCCCUCCUGGUGGCACCAACUUGUGACUGGAAACACAGAGCUAGGGGUGCCUUCCUGGUCAGGGGAGUGGGGUGGGAGGUGGAGUCUGGAAGGCCGUGGGCCCAUCAUCACCAGUGGCUGGUGUAUGGCCCUGCAAAGUGGGUAGAGUGAGGAUGGCCAGAGAGAGAUGCCCUUCCCCUCCGGGCUCACCCUGGGCAGAGGCCUCUGGAGAGACUGUGAAUGCUGUGCAAAGAGAAUUGGGACAGAAUGUGGCAGCACUCCUUAGACUAAGGGUGUGGAGGCCAGGCAGAGAGGGCUAGAAACGGAAAUAGGGAGGGCCCAGCCACCUGACCCUGUGUGGAAGCAGAGGACAGGGAAGAGGUGGCUGGGACCAGGGAGUAGAGGUAUGGGGAAGUCCCUUCCCCAGGGGAGGGCGCAAGGGGUAGGAAGAACUGAGAAAUGAAGCAGGUUCAGGAAAUAGCCCUGGCCUUUGCAGUCUGUAGCCCCUCUUUCUGUCACCCAAUGGUCACGCACUUGUCUUGCACUGGUAAACCCAGGUGCUCUUGUGGCUGGGGACUAUUCUACUGCUGCUGCUGAACUCACCAAUGUUGCAUUUGGGUGCUUGCCCUUGAGCCCCAAGUGUGUGGCGGCCUACCUGUUCUGGGAAGGACUAGGGGAAUGGCAGCAGGGUCCUGAAGCUGUUUGGCUGAGCCCAAGGUCCAUGCGCCGACAGAUGGCAGCAUGUGGCACUGUGGGGCCUGCCCAGGGCAUCUGCACACACCAAGAGCAGAAGCUUGGAACUUGGGAGACUGGAGCCCAUGGAGAUCUGGGGCCACUGGGAGAAUCACUGCCUUCCUCUAAGGAGCCAGGUUAGGAGGUUGUGGCUUAUGGAUGCCCUAUCUGCCCCUGGGCUAUGGCUUUUUCUCAUUCCUGACAUCUGAAAAGGGCCCACAGGAAGCAGGUAGGGCUGCAGCUGGCCAGCUGGGGGCCAGGUUCUCUCUAGGCCUGCUCUCAUUCUUGGCACUGCACUGGAAGGCCAGAACCAGUCCCAGCAGCUCUCCUGCUCUACUUCUUCUGAUGACUGGGGCCUGCCCAGCCUGCCUGCACCUCUCUUUCCAGGCCAGUGCCUUGUGUUUGUUACUUCCACACCAUCUGCCUUAAGGGGCCUGUCCCGGCCCCUGCUCUGUAGGGAAAUGUCUUGGCUGGAGGAAGGGAAGACAUUAACUAAAUACAGCAUCUUCUUU